AUGGUAAUAUCAUCAAAAGAAGAUAUUGAGGAGAUACCCAUAGAGCUGUCACUGCCACCGCCACCACCGCCAGCCUACGUUGCCCCUCCUCUAACCCCCACCUAUGCAGUCCCACUUUCACCAUCCUCAUACGUGGCACCGGCACCAGUUCCCGUCCCAGCUCCUGUUCCAGCUCCUGCCCCAGUUCCUGCUCCAGUUCCUGUUCCAGUUCCUGCUCCGGUUUCUGUAGCAGUUCCCACCUCAGUUGCAGCUGUGGCUCCUGCUCCAGCCGUAUUGGCUGGACCAGAGCUCCGUAACUUUGCAGGAUCUUAUCAAACAGGUGGUUACCGGUUUUUAGUUGGGUAA